AAUUGACGGGGAAAUGGGAAAAGGUUGAUCCAAUCGCACAUAUUAUUUAUAUUCAUUCGUUUCAAUAUUUUGUGAUAACGUACGCGUUACCUUUGCGAUAAAAAUCGUUGUCUAAAGACUGACUGUUUGCGGACUCGAAUUAAAAUGAGAUAUCGACUUUUACUUAUUCUAAUCCCUAUGACGUCACCCCUAAUCGUUGACAAGGAGAAAGUUCACGAAAAACAAUCCAACGUUCGUUCCGUUGGUCGACUUGCGCUCAUCGGCUGCGAUUUGUUUUUUUGUAUAUACGUGUAAGAGCGCGCGCACUGAGCGUCGCGCUGCAUUGUUAAGAUAGCUCUUUUUUAAACGUUGUUGCUCUGUUAUUUUUAAAUAAAAUGCUUAAGAAAAAGAACAUGACACGUUUCUGCUUUUCCUACUCAGUGAAAGUCUACUAUCGAUUUCAUCGUCGUUAUUUUCGCGCGUAUGCCAGAAAGUGCCAAGGCAAUUUAAUAAAUCAAGGUAACGAGACGAGUUUAGAUUAAUUAUGUGUAAUUAAGCAGCACUGCUCUCAUUUGCGAUAAUGACGAGCGACCCGAGUGAGCCUGAAAUAUCAUAUCAGUCAUGGUCUGUAUCAGUUAUGUUAUAAAUAUCGUAUCAGUUAUGGUCUGCAUAUGAAAUAUGCAGAUAGCGCAAAUGUUUAUUCUAAUUAAUUAAUAACGGAUCGUUUUAUAUUCGUCAGCCAUCUGCUCAAUUUUGAUGACUCAUAUGAUAUAGGGAAAGAAAUUACAUUUUAUUAUGUAUUGUUUAAAUGUGUCAUUUUAUAUUAUAGAAUUUAUAAUAAUUUAUAAUAAUUAAAUUAUAUAUCAUAAAAUUAUUGUUUGUUAAAUGUAUAUUUAUUUCCAAAAUCAACUGAAGGAAAUUAGUUUAAUGUGUCUUUUAGAGGUAUGUAAAUGUCAUUUAUAGGCUUUAAAUAUGAUUACUUUGCAAACAACACCGUAAUAUAAAAUAAUUAUUGGCUGAUUACGCAGGUAAAGUCAUUUUUGAUGUUUUAAUCAAGUGGGAAAUUUGUGUUAGCGAUAAUAGUAGUUAAUCAACUAUCGAUUGCAAUCCGUACGCGUUUCCCUACAAGUUUUAGAACGAGAGGAACUCGUGGUAGCGGCUUUCACUGCAAUUUUCGAUAAAAGCAUCGGGAAUUCCGUGGAAAGUGAACGUUAGAUUGAUUCGCUUGCAAUUGACGCGAUCAUCAUGAUCGCACGCGGCAAAUCACCCGCGACACAUCAACAACAUCAUUGCCAGAUCCAACAAAAUAAAUUGAACGAUUCCUGCACUUCAUAAUGAGAAAUGCAUAAUAAGAAAUAAAGAUAAAACAAUAAGAAACAAGAUGCAAUGUGCAAAUGAAAAUAUAUCUAAGAUAAAACAAGAAGAUGAACAAGAAAGUUUAUCUUAAACAGGAAAGCAACAUUAAGCGAUAUAAUACGUUAUUAUUAGUUAUGUUCCAUUAAUUACUAAUAAUAAUGUUUCAAGAGCAUUCAAUCAAGAGUACUUAGAAACUUUCUUUCUUUAAUUAUAAGUCUACAAUGACUCAGUGAUCUUUCGUCGCAUAGAAAAAUCGUGUCACUUAAAUCUACGUUCUGCGCAAAUGUUGACAGCUUCAUAGCUGGAAUUUCAACUGUGAGGCUGGAAAUUCCAGAAAUUUAAAGAAAGCGCAAAGUAAAAGCAACACUUCCAUUAGCGAGAGAUUUUUUGAAGAUACCAUACGUACUUCCGCAUUAUUACGAAUUCGUGGCCCGGUCAGGAAGCCGAGUAUCCAAUAUCCUCGUUGAGGAAACAAAAUGAUUGGAAACACGUAAUUGUGCUGGCGGUCGGAUAUGAGGUGUUACGUACUCGCGGUGAUCGCGAGUCAGUUCCAGAAUCAUGCCAUCCACGGCAUCCUGGUGAAUGGUGUGGGGUAUCAUUCCAAAGAAUAGUGGGGUUGUUCUUGUCUCCCUGCGCGGGCGGUAUAUAAGCUGGCGAUCAAAAGAAUUUAUCCCGAGUGCACUGCUGAUUCAUGGACGACAAAGGCGUCUACAAGCUUAAGCGAUGCAAACGAUUGUACGUAACAAAAAGUUGUAAAAAAAUUACCCAGCUGUCUCUCAAUGAAGUAACGCGAUGUCACGCGCACGAAUGUCGCGUUUUAGCUUUGCAGUUGUCUCGAGACCGUAGCUUGACUGCCUCUACUUAAGUGAACUCACAACGUUGACGAAAUACUGACGUUGUUCUGUGCUAUUUGUGCCGCGCAUAGUUUCCCGUUGCUCAAAAAGGCCGGGAUUGGUAGAGAGAAAGUAUUUCGACAAUGUUCUCGGUGAUGUUUGUAGUUUAUCUGCAAUUCUCAGUGAUGUUCACUAUUGCUGUUUGUUUAAGAUUAUGCUGCUGGGGGUGGUUACCUGCUCCUACAGUUCUGAAUGGGGCUUCGGUGGUCAUGGCGAUGGAGAACUCACGCUAGGAGAGAUUUCCAUAGACCAUGGCUUAGGUGGUCUUGAGCUGGGAGGAACAGGCGGUCAUUCUUUGGAAUUCUUGGGCAACUCGCUACUUAAUAAAGUUAGCGGUUGGCAUUCUUCUUACGGCGAUAUCGGCGGUUCUCAUGGCCACUUAAUCCCCGUUGUCAAACAUAUCGGAAUACCGACGAUCAAGAAAGUACCAAUCAGUGUUCCACAUCCAGUGGUGGAAACGGUUCCACAGCCAUACCCUGUUGCCGUAGUGGUACCGAAGCCCGUGCCAUACGCGGUGGAGAAGCCGAUAAUUAAGACGGUCGAGAAAAAGAUACCGACACCCGUCGAGAAAAUAAUUCCGAUUAAAAUCGAAAAGCCGGUGCCGUUUCACGUGGUGAAACAUGUGCCGGUGCCGGUCGAGAAGCCAAUUCCAAUCAAGGUCCCGAUCUACAAGACUAUCGUGCACAAAGUCAAGGGCCACAAAUCGCACUGAUCAUAAAUCUGCGCGGAUUACACUGAUUCACCGAUCGUACAAGUACUGCGAUAUUCAAUCUUAUUGUUAUAGUUGUUGAUGUCUCUUUUGUACUUUUUAUGUUUAAUCGAGGAUGCAUGUACACUGUGUAAAAAGAAAAAAGAUUUUGCAUCAUAAUACGUUAUUUAUUUAAGUGUUGACAGCAACAAAAUAGCAUGUUCUUUAUUUCCAUAUCCGAGUUUCUAAAUGCCUGUUUCCAUAAAAUAAACGUUUAUACACGGCACGUAGUUACCCAAUCAUUUCUCGUGUUACGUUACAGCUUGCCUGAUACUAAACUCUAAUAUGACGCGGAAAUCACUAUCGGAAAUAAAUCACGUUUUAUUGAAUCUCUUAUCAAUAUGCAUUAGCAACGCCGCGCCGUCGCGCAAGACGCGAACAAAUCGACGAGCAAAAAUCGCGAUAUUCUCACUUAAACGGCAGCUUCGGUAAUUGAAUCCGCCACUUGAAAUCUCGUAGCAAAUCGAGAGGCGCGACGUUAACGGCCAGCGAGCUCGUUAUUUUUACGAUCACGUCAUCGUAAAUUCUUCAGAUCUGAGAGUAUCGCAUCAUAUGUCAUGAGAACUUAACAUCAAUUUCUCAGACGAUGAGAUUGAUCUCGUGAAGAUCAAGCCGUCUACUAACGAACAUUAUUAGGCCAGUCACGGUAUAAUGAACGACAUGUGAAUUUCAUCGAUCCCGGGAUGGGUACCAGAGCUGCAUGCUCAACGUGCGACUCGCGUCAUUUCCUGCGUCUAACGUGGAAAUACCGAGAGCGAAAUGACGCGAGACAAUCGACGCGGAACUUCAGCGCGGCUCGAUCAUUCUUGCACAACGAGGUGUUUGAGCUGAUGAUUUAGCGCUCCGUUUGAGCAGUUCUUAAAAUAAUUCUUACGACACGACCGGAUAUCCGCGUAAAAAAUUACUUCUCGGACCACUAUUAAUAAAAUACUGUUACCGUGAAGAAUUAAUUUCCGGAAAAUGCGUUAUUCACGUGUGUAGAACAGUAUGUGUAUGCGUGUGUAUGUGUGUGUGUGCGCGCGCGCGCGCGUGUGUGUAUGCUGAGAAUAAAGAGCUCUCUGUGCAGGUUCUAUCUACAAUUUCUUAAACUGUGCUCUGUGCUUAGUAAUGCUCAACGUGCUUAAAUCUACUUAGCAGUAUCGUCAGGACACAUAUCCGCAUUUCACUUUCUGGUUUCCGUGUAUUUCCUCAGUAGCUUUAUCCGCAUUUACGCACUACACACAAUAUCGCGUAUGAUACUGUUUGUCUAAUUGCAAAAGUAAGACAGAAGUAACAGGGGAUCUCGCGUCGCGAAAGAAUUGACAUGGCGAAAGUGAAAUAUAUAUAUAAAUCCCAUUUUCCCCCUUUCAUUUGGUGGAAAAGUUCGCGCGAAGGAUACCAUUUAAUCGUAACAUCCCCCUCGAAGCGUGGAGAUAAUCGACGAGCGUGAAGAACAAAUGGAACAAAUAAAGCGAGUUAAAAGAGAUUGCAUAACGCCAAUGUCUUCCUGUAAGCUCGCAAAGAAAGGAAAAGAAGAAAGAAAAUACAAGAGUGGCGAGCACAAACGCGGCAGCGAUAAAAAGUAGCAGCGAAAGGGAAGUCCGCAAACCACUUCUUCGUCCAAUCGCAGUGGUCGCUCGGCCGUAAAAGGAAGAACAGCGAUUUCUCAUACAAUACCACCUGAAAAAAA